AUGCCGCAUUAUUUAAGCUACGGCGCCGAUUUUCAGGGAUCAUCAUCAUUAUCAGCCCUUUUACGUCCCCACUGCAGGGGCUCAGGCCUCCCUUAUGGAUGUUUAAGGAGGAUGGGUCGUGAUCCUCCACGCUGGCCCAAUGCGGAUUGGAGGGUAUUAACGACUGCAAAUGCAGCCGGGACCAACAUAACGUUAUCAAAGGUUAUUCCUUUAAUAAAUUGCCUGAUAAGGCAGAUAGAUGAUAUGGUAGAACACACAUCCUUCCUAUUUAUCAGAGCAAUGGGAUUGCGUCAGGUGCAAUUGCAAAAGCGCUUUUGCGAAAUUGAAUUCAUUCCAAUUGUAGCCAUCAGCAUCUCGCUCGACCCACGAUUUAAAAAUUUACACUUUAGAAACGCUGAAGCAUGCGCUAUUACCUGGACACAGUGGAGAUGA